AUGCAGGCCUCAUCGCAAAUGUUGACAAAGUUCGAGUCAAAGUCGUCUCGGGCAAAGGGACUCGCGUUCCAUCCGAAAAGACCAUGGAUCCUCGUCUCUCUCCACUCCUCGACAAUUCAGCUGUGGGACUACCGCAUGGGAACGCUGAUUGACCGCUUCGAAGAGCACGAUGGUCCUGUCCGAGCUGUCGCCUUCCACAAGACCCAGCCUCUCUUUGUGUCGGGUGGUGAUGAUUACAAGAUCAAGGUCUGGUCGUACCAGACGAGACGGUGCCUGUUCACACUGAAUGGCCAUCUCGACUACGUGCGCACAGUCUUCUUCCAUGACGAGCUUCCAUGGAUCGUUUCGUGCUCGGACGACCAGACCAUCAGGAUAUGGAACUGGCAAAACCGAUCCCUCAUCUGCACAAUGACUGGCCACAACCACUACGUCAUGUGCGCGCAGUUCCAUCCGAAGGACGACCUGAUCGUGUCGGCAUCUCUCGACCAGUCAGUGCGCGUAUGGGACAUCUCAGGCUUGCGCAAGAAGCACUCAGCGCCGACGUCAAUGUCUUUUGAGGACCAGAUGGCUCGAUCCAACCAGAACCAAGCCGACAUGUUUGGGAACACGGACGCGGUGGUGAAGUUUGUCCUCGAGGGCCAUGACCGCGGCGUCAACUGGGUUGCCUUCCACCCCACGAUGCCGCUCAUCGUGUCUGCCGGUGACGACCGUCUCGUCAAGCUCUGGCGGAUGAGUGAGACCAAGGCAUGGGAGGUCGAUACGUGCCGAGGCCACUUCCAGAACGCCUUGGGCUGUCUGUUCCACCCGCACCAGGACCUCAUCCUGUCGGCUGGCGAAGACAAAACGAUUCGCGUCUGGGAUCUCAACAAGCGGACCCCCGUGCAGACAUUUAAGAGAGAAAACGACCGCUUCUGGGUGCUUGCCGCCCAUCCGGAGAUCAACCUGUUUGCCGCUGGACACGACAACGGUGUGAUGGUCUUCAAGCUCGAGCGGGAACGCCCGGCUUCUGCAGUUUACCAGAACACUCUGUUCUACGUCAACAAGGAGAAGCAGGUGCGGUCCUAUGAUUUCCAGAAGAACGUCGAGUCUCCGACGCUCCUGUCGCUGAAGAAGGUCGGCCCGGCCUGGGCGCCACCCCGCACACUCUCCUACAACCCGGCUGAGCGGUCGGUUCUUGUGACGACAGCGACCGAUGGCGGCUCGUACGACCUCAUCAGCCUUCCCAAGGAUGGCUCGGGCGCAGUCGAUCCGACCGACCUGAAGCGCGGCCAGGGCAACUCGGCCAUCUUCGUAGCCCGCAACCGCUUUGCCGUUCUGAACACGGCAGCACAGACCAUUGACAUUAAGGACCUGUCCAACAAUGUUACGCGCUCCUUCAAGCCGCCCGCCGGCACGUCCGACAUCUACUUUGGCGGCCCGGGCAAUCUUCUCGUGAUCACGCCAACUGCCGUUCAUCUGUACGACAUCCAGCACAAGAAGAGCAAUGCCAGCCUGAACGUCAACGGAGUCAAGUACAUUGCGUGGUCGAACGACGGCCUCUAUGCGGCACUUCUCAGCAAGCACAAUGUGACCAUUGUGACCAAGACACUGGAGCAAGUCAGCACGCUGCACGAGACUAUCCGUAUCAAGAGUGCCACGUGGGACGAUGCUGGCAUCCUUCUCUACUCUACCCUUAAUCACAUCAAAUACACUCUCCUCAACGGAGAUAACGGGAUUGUGCGGACACUCGACCAGACUGUGUACCUUGUCCGUGUCAAGGGCCGUUAUGUCUAUUGCCUGGACCGGUCAGCGAAGCCGAAGAUCCUACAGAUCGACCCGACAGAGUACCGCUUCAAGACGGCACUGGUAAAGCGGAAUUACGAGGAGAUGCUGAACAUUAUCCAGACCUCGUCGCUUGUCGGCCAGUCUAUUAUCUCGUACCUGCAAAAGAAGGGCUACCCGGAGAUUGCGUUGCAAUUCGUCCAGGACCCAACGACACGGUUUGAGCUCGCCAUCGAGUGUGGUAACCUCGAUGUUGCUGUUGAGAUGGCCAAGCAGCUGGACAAGCCGAAGUUGUGGACCAGGUUGGGCGCAGAGGCGCUGGCGCACGGCAGCCACCAGGUGGUGGAGAUGUGCUACCAGAAGCUCAAGCAGUUCGACAAGCUGUCGUUCCUCUACCUGGCGACGGGCGACCACGCGAAGCUCAGCCGCAUGGCCAAGAUUGCCGAACACCGCGGCGACUUCACUGCCCGGUUCCAGAACGCCUUGUAUCUCAACGACGUGGAGGACCGGAUACAAAUGUUUAAGGAAAUUGACUUGUACCCCCUCGCGUUCAUGACGGCAAAGGCCAACGACCAAACGGAAGAGGCCCAGUCGAUUCUGGAGGCCACUGGCUUGACGGAGGACCAGCUAAACCUGCCUUCGAAGCUGGGACAGCCGCUCAAUCCGCCAAAGCCAGUGGUGUCCACAUUCAAGGCCAACUGGCCGACGAAGGGCACGUCGGUGUCGUUCUUUGAGAAGGCGCUUCUGGGCCAGGUGGAGGGCCUCUCCCUCGAAGACAGCCCGGUAGCGGCGGCAAAUGGCACAGACGCUUUCGGUGACGAGGAGGCAGACGAGGGGAAGAAGAACGGCCUGGGCGAGGCAGAGGAGGAGGAGGACACGUCUGGCUGGGACAUGGGCGAUGACAUUGUUGCCGAGGCGGAUAGCGACUUUGUCAACGUGGACAGUGCAGAUGCUGGUGGCGCCGGGCUGAGCGAGGCGGAGCUGUGGGCACGCCAUUCGCCACUGGCGGUGGACCACGUGGCCGGCGGUUCGUUUGAGUCGGCCAUGCAGCUUCUCAACCGGCAGAUUGGGGCGGUGAACUUUGCGCCGCUCAAGCCUCGGUUCCUGGAGGUGUACGAGGCAAGCAAGACGUAUCUGCCGGCAUCGGCUGGCCUGCCGCCGCUGAUCAACUUUGUGCGGCGGAAUCCGGAGGAGGCAGAUGCACGAAAGGUUCUGCCGGUGAUCCCGCGCGACCUGGAGUUCCUGGUCGAAAACGACCUACAGCGUGGGUACGAUGCGAUGAAGGGCAACAAGCUGGAGGACGGGAUCCGGUUGUUCAAGGGCAUCCUGCACGCAGUGCUGCUCAACGCGGCGUCGAGCGAGUCCGAGGCGGUCGAGGCGAAGAAGCUGGUGACAUCGGCGAGCGAGUACGCGGUGGCGAUGUCGAUCGAGCUCAGCCGGCGGCAUCUGGGCGCGGUGGACGUGGUGGCUAAGGAUGCAAAGCUGCUGAAGCGAAGCCUCGAGCUGUCGGCGUACUUCACCAUCCCCAAGAUCGAAGUGCCGCAUCGGCAGUUGGCUUUGCUGAACGCAAUGAACCUAGCGACGCGCAACAAGAAUUACAACUGCGCGCUGAGCUUUGCCAACCGGAUACUGGCAAACGGUGGUGCCGGCCGUAUUUUGGAGACUGCCAAGAAGACUAAGGCGCAGUGCGAGCGUAACCCGAGCGAUGCGGUCGAGAUUGAGUUUGACCAGUUUGCCGAGUUCGACGUGUGUGCGGCCAGCUACACGCCGAUCUACAGCGGUACAGCGUACGAAGAAUGUGCGUUUGACGGGUCUAAGUACCACUCCAAGUACAAGGGAAGCGUGUGCCGGGUCUGCGAGGUGUGCGAGAUCGGCAAGCACGGCAGCGGACUGAAGCUGUUUGCGUAA